ACAUCACCUGGCGAUUUCCUUGUUAUAAGGAAAGGGAUAGUUGAAUUGUGGAUAACUGUUGCGAGAGGAUCCGCUUAAAAGCAUUCUAGGAACUUAGACUAACAUAAUAAACCAUUCUCUAGGUUUUCGAAAAUGCCUCGUGCAUUCUUGGUCAAAAAAGUGAACAUCGUUACUGGAAAAAGAAGCUGGAGUGAGAUUCCGGAUUCCUCGCGUGGGGAGUCUGGGGACAUACCUGAGUCCCUUUUUCCACCAUAUGUGCAUGAAGUCUCAGAGGGAAACAUUGCAGAAUACUCCUGCUUCACAACUGCCCAAAACAAAUUCCUGACUGCAAAGCUGCCAUCCUCUGCUGCACAGGGUCAACUUAAUCACAAGCCAGAAUGUCGCAUUAGGACCCAAAGAGUGCCUUACUUGCGCUCAAAGAUAAAGAUAACUACAGGUAAUAUGCCAUCUCUGCUGUCAGUCAUCCCAGAAAAUGCGAGCAAAUUAGCAGACAUUCCACCUGCUGCAUCAGUUUUAUCCUGCCUGGUAUGUCAGAAGACGUUUACUACAGUGCGUAUGCUGAAACGCCAUGUAAAGUGCCAUAGUGAAACAAAGAAGUACACUUGUGACCACUGUGGAAAAGGAUUUAAUGAUACUUUUGAUCUAAAGAGGCAUGUACGUACACAUACUGGUGUGAGACCCUAUAAAUGCACUUUGUGUGCUAAAGCCUUCACCCAGCGCUGCUCCUUGGAAUCUCAUCUAAAGAAGAUCCAUGCCAUUACUCAGCAGUAUGCCUACAAAGAGCGUCGAGACAAACUGUAUGUGUGUGAGGAGUGUGGCUUGACCGCACAGACACGGGACAGUCUGCAGAAUCAUCUUCAAGCUGACCAUCCACAGAGACUUAUACUGAGAAAAAGCAACUGUAUGCUGGCACAUAUUGAGGAAGAUAAUGUGUCACUGUGUUCACCUGAAACCCCACAAAUAUAGUAAAUAUUAAGUCAGUGAUAGAUUUUCCAUUCUACAUGCACUUUUGUACAGUCAGGAAUUCUAGGCAGAACCAAAUGUCUUAGAAUUAUUGGAAAUAGGAAAAUAAUUCUGAUGUAAUGAAUUGAAUCAAAUUAAAUUACACUUUAGCAGUAUAUUGUUCAUAUUUCAGCAAAAAUAAAAUUCUGGAGUGUUGU